UCUUCCCUGCAGGCAACUAUCAAUAAAUUAGAGGCUCAAUAAUGUUGACACAAAUGACAGUAAAAGCAUUUAAAUCAUUAAGAUAUCAUGGUAGAUGUUAUAGAAAUUUUCAAGGAAGACCUGCAUGCUUUGUAUUGCAGCAACAGCUCAAGCACACAUGGGCUGCACAGGUUGUUCAAGAAGAGUUCAUCAAGUUCUUCCAGAAAGAGCACCACAAGUUUAUUCCAUCUAGCUCUGUUACUCCUUGGAAUGACCCUUCUCUCUACUUUGUCAAUGCUGGAAUGAAUCAGUUCAAACCUGUUCUGCUUGGGGCUAAGCCACCUCCUUGUCCACGUGCAGUCAACAGCCAGAAAUGCAUCAGAGUUGGUGGUCGGCACAAUGAUCUCUUAGCUGUUGGUACAGACUCAUACCAUCACACUUUCUUUGAGAUGCUUGGUUCUUGGUCGUUUGGAGACUACUUCAAGGAAGAAGCAUGCAAGUUGGCAUGGCAGUUGUUGACAGAAGUUUAUAAGUUACAACCUGAGCGGCUUUUUGUUACCUAUUUUGGUGGAGACUCUUCACUUGGUGUGCCAGCAGACCAGCUCACCAGGGAUACAUGGCUCAGCAUUGGUGUUCCAGCCGAACGUGUGUUGCCAUUUGGUGUGUCUGACAACUUCUGGGAGAUGGGACCCGUGGGGCCAUGCGGGCCGUGUUCUGAACUCCAUUACUAUCGCGGCGCUGAAUGCCCACAGAACGUGACACAUCUGGUCAACUCCGGUCAUGAGGAUCUUAUCGAGCUCUGGAAUGUGGUUUUUGUGCAGUAUGAAAGACGGCUGGACGGGUCCCUGACGCCCCUGGCACGUCAUCACGUUGACACUGGCAUGGGACUCGAGCGCCUCACUGCCACGCUCAACAACGUGACCAGCAACUACGACACCGAUCUUUUCCUGCCGCUAUUUGAUGUCAUUCAGCAGGUAUCAGGAGUGGAGCGAUACUCGGGCAGCUUCAGCGGCCCAAGAUACGAGCAAGACACCGCCUACAGACUUGUUGCUGACCACGUCAGGAUGGCCGUCGUCGCCCUGGCUGAUGGUUCUCUCCCCAACUCAAACGCCGGAUUACGGCGCGUGUUGCGCCGCAUGUUCAGAGCGGCUGAGCAACACUUGGGUCUCACUCACAACCGCUCCAGCACAGCAUCAAAGCAUUGGCUGCUGCCGCUAUGCAGCGCCGUGGUCAACACGCUGCGCCCCCGUUACCCUGAGCUGCUGCAACGCCUCCCAGUCGUGCACUCCGUCAUGCAGUUUGAGCUGCAACACUACAGCCUCAAUGCGGCCAAGCUGCGUCCGGCGUGGGCAGCGCUGGUGGCAUCAGAGCCGCGCCUGGCCGCCCUGGAAGAGAGCUGCUCGCCCGGCCUCCUGCAGGGCAUCGCUUUAGCACUGCCCGAGCUUAGCGCUGCGAGUGAUGGACGCUUGUCCUGCGACACUGCACUCAAGUUAACACAAACGUGCGGUGUGCCGUUCGAGGUCGUUGAAGAGCUUGCCAGUCUAUACAACUGUCGUGUUUGCCCUCAGGAAUACAAAGAAAGCUUAGAUCGUCUCAAACGUCACCAGAAAUUGCGCCAUGCGGCACUCGAAAGAGUGGAUCUGGACAGCAUAGUCUCGCAAUUACAGCAGAAUGGCCUACUUCCCACUAACACCCAUCCUGUUUACCAAUAUUAUCUAUCCCCUAACUCUCCACAACACACAACCGUCGACAAACGUGCUGACAAAUCCCUAGUAUAUAAAUAUGAAACUUUGGAAACUAUCAUCCAUGCUGUGAUACGUGAUGGUAAAGCAAUGUCCUUUGUUGAUAAUCUAAAACCAGAAGAAAACAUCGGUCUAGUUCUGAGAGACACCAAUUUUUACGCAACUGCUGGUGGCCAAGUAUCUGACGUGGGUGAAAUUGCUCUCGACAAUAAUAAUGUGUUCGAAGUUGUGAAGACAGAAGCCGUGAGCGAUUACGUGAUACACUGGGGCUCAUUUCGUGCCAAGCUAUUCUCUUUAAAGACUGGCGAUACAGCGCUAUGCAGUAUAGACGGGCACCACAGACAAGCCUGCAGCCGGCACCACACCGCCACGCAUCUCCUGCUUGCAGCUAUUAGACAGCAAACUGGGAGCGUGACGUGUCAGCUAUCGUCGUUGGUGACAUCAGAGGAGCUGAAGCUCGAGGUCGGAACAUACGGGCACUUGGACACGAACGUCAUCCUCGACGCUGAACGCGCUGUGCAGAGCUGGAUGAACGUAGGCGGUUGCGUAAGCCGUGACGAGAUGCCGUUGACGUCAGCUCUAGAGGACCAGCAAAUAACGCCUCUAGCAGGGGCCAUUUACCCCGACACGGUCUCGGUCAUCACGGCGCGGGCGGCAGACGUGGUCGUGUCACGAGAGCUCUGCUGCGGCACACACGUUGCCGAUGUCGCUCACUUGCAAGACUUUGCGGUCUCUAACGUCAGCAGCAGCGAGGGCGCCGGGGUGCGAGUGCUUCGAGGCGUGUGUGGCGACGCUGCCACUCGUCUGCGGGCUCGUGGCCAGCAGGUUUUAUCCCUCCUGAACGAACGCAUCACACGCUCCUCUCCAGCCACACGUGCUGAUGAUGUGUCGUGGGCCAAGUGUGCAUUGCUCGAAGAGCUGCCGCACAGCGUGAGGCGUCAACUCCUGGACUUUUGUAAAGACUCCAACGAAGUGAAGAUCAUCAAAAGCAUCGACUCUGAUGUAGAGGCUACAAAAAUGAUGAUAGACGAGCUGACGAAGCUAAAGGAAAGUCUGCCAUCGGGUCCUGUUGUUCACACAAUUUCCAGUUCGCACGGCGCUAACAAGAAAGUUUUGAAAGCAGCGUUUAGCCUCUUUAAGGGACGCAAUGCUCUCCUGAUAUUGCACAUCAGGGACUGCGUCAAGGCUCGGGCUCUCAUCUGCGAGGCCACCAUCGCAGCCGGAGGUAGUGCUCAAGACUGGCUACAGCCGCUGCAGAGCAGCUUCCCUCAAGGCAGCGUAAUUGGCGGUACCAACCCACGUUCACUUGCUAAUUUUACUGCUAAUAAAGUUACUGAAACCGAUUUUGCCUGUGCGAAGGAAAAGUUAUUGAAAGUCUGUAAACAAUAUAUUGUAGACUUGGAAAUGGCAUCUGAAUUAGAUACACAAUCAAAAACGUAAAUGUUAGAUAGCCUACCAAAAUCUUAACACGGAGAUAUGUUUUUCUUGCUACAGGAGAUACAAAUGUAAAAAUAGAUACCUUGAUACAUUUCGAAUUGUGUAGAUUAAAACUUGAAUAAACCUAUUAUGCACACGAAUAUAAUUCAGAAAGAAUCCUUCCAAUACUUAAUGAAUAAUGGAGUUUUGUACUUCUGUGAAAGACAGUACGAAGACUUAACAAUGCCUAGCACCAUUAAUAACGUUUAUUUGGAUGAACUCUUUACUUCAAGUGCGGAAGAGUGGUUCAGCGGCCAACCAAAUAUGCUUGUUCCUAACCCUCUAUUUACUUUCACAUUCGAUUAUUGAAAUUAUUACUGCUGUACCCGUAGAUGUGA